AUGCGCCCCCUCGUCGAGCUCUGCACGCGCUGCAUCGCGGACUCGCUCCUGGAGGAGGAUGCGUGGAUCGAAGGCGACGAGCACGCAUGGCUGCGGUCGCUGCCGACGGAGAUCCGCGAGGGGCUGCUCGCGGCCCUGCGCGGUCGCGCGAGCCCGCGGCUGCUCUCUAAGAUCGUCGCCUCAGAUCUGCGGCGCGUCGUCGUGGGCCUGCGCGAGGAAGAUAAGGAACACGGCUGGGACGGCGUCGCCUCCCUCGCUCCGCCGGCGUCGCUGGAGCUGCGCGGCUUCCGCGGCGCCGUCGGCGUCGAGCAGAUCGAGGCGGCGACGGAUCGCUUGCUGGGCGCCGGCCUCACGGAGCUUGACCUCUGCGACUCGCAGAUCAAAUGGUGUUCGUUCCUGCACAUCGCCGGGUGUUCCACGCUCCGCACGCUGCGGCUCGGCUGGAUCGGCGUGGGCGUCGGCGCCGUCUUCCAGAUCGCGGCCUCGCGCGCGCGCCUCGCCGAGCUCGACCUGAGCGGGGCCGCCAUCACCUUUUCCUCCGUCGAUGCCGUCGUCGAGGCCUUCGGCGCGUCCCUCGAGCGGCUCUCGCUGCGGUCGUGCGGCGACAUUUCAAAGGACUCGUCGGCGGGGCUCGAGCCGCUGCCGAAAUUGACGCAUCUCGACGUCGGCAUGACGAACCUGUCCUCCGAAGCCAUCGACGCGCUCCUCGAGGGGCGCGGUGGCCAGUUCCGGCACGUCGACGUGUCCGAGUGCGGCGGCGUCGACCGCCAGACCAUCGAAGACGCCUUCGGCUCGCUGGAUUUCAAGCCCGGGACUGCCGCCCUCGCCUCGAUGCCCGAGACGCUCGACCUCACCCGGCACCUGCGCGUCGUCUGCCUGAGCCGUUGCCCCGGCAUCGGCGACGAGACCUUGAGGACGCUCGCGGCGGAGAGCCCGCGGCUCGAGCGGCUCGAGGUCGACUGGUCCGCGGCGUCCGACGGCGGCGUGCGAGCGGUCCUCGAGUCGUGCCCGCUCCAGUGCCUCAACGUCGCCGGCUGCAAGGCGCUCACGGACGCCGUCGUCGACCUGGCCGCGGCGUCGCCGACGCUGACGUAUCUCGACCUGACGUUCUGCGAUUGCGCCGACGUGUCGGAGGCGCUCUCGCGGCGCCUCCCGGACCGGGUCCUCGUCGUGGACUACUACAACGAGCAGUACCGGGCGGGCGAGCUCCACGAGGGCCGGCGCCACUCGACCCUGCCCGACACGCCCUGGGACCUCAUGCGCCUGCCCUGUGACGUCGACGGUUAG